UGUCAAAGUGUCCCCCCUUCCUUUGGAUUCAACGCAACAUGCCGACCGACACCAAAAGAGUACGAGGCCCAGAGGUUUCCCAGAGCCCCUCGGUGUUCCAGUGUAAGCCUGCCGCCGCCCUCCCCUCCUGCGGAGUCAGAGCCGACGGCCGGCAGCGGGACCAGCUGGACGUCCGGCCCGUUUUUGUCCGGUGCGGGCUGGUCAGUCAGGCUAAAGGCUCCGCGUACAUCGAGGCUGGAAACACCAAGUUAAUGUGCUGCGUUUACGGUCCCAGAGAAACAAAGCGCAAAGAUGAGACCGAUAUGAAAUGCGGAAGGUUGACCGCUGACAUGCGUUUUGCUCCGUUCUCGUGCCCUGAGAGGGGCUCGUGGAUUCAGAGCAGUCAGGAUAAGGACUUCUCUCUGAUGCUCCUUGAGAGUCUGCAGCCCGCCGUGUGCCUCCACAAAUACCCCCGCUCACAGAUCGAGGUCAACGUGAUGGUUCUUGAGAACAGCGGUUCAGUCCUGGCCCACGCCAUCACGUGUGCGUCUCUGGCUCUGGCAGACGCAGGGAUUGAAAUGUACGACUUGGUGCUGGGCUGUUCCAUCCGUCAGGACGGGGCUUCGUAUGUGGUCGAUCCGACAUAUGUGGAGGAGAACAGCUGUGGCUCAGCCAGCGAGGAGAAUCAGGGUGGUCUGACCGUAGCUUUUCUUCCCAGCCUGAACCAGAUCUCUGGGCUCCAGUCUGACGGUGAAAUGACCAAAGAGAGUCUGACCGACGGGAUUCGAACCUGCAUUGAGGGAUGUUAUAAACUGUAUCCAGUGGUCCAACAGGCACUGGCCAAGGCUGUUCGGAAGGCUGCUCCACCGCCAUCUGAGAGCUGAGACUCAUAGCAGCAGCUGUUCACUCACAGAUGUUCAUGUUGAUGUUUGGACUCAUUUCACUGUUUGACUUUUAUAAAAAAAAAAAAAAAUGUAAAAAGAAAACAAACAUUUUCAAUUAAAU